GGGUUCACAAGGUUCUGAUGCCGGCAGCGUGCUGCUGUUCUCCCUUUCCCUCUUUUUCCAACUUGCUGCAUAGACCUGUGUGGCCACUGGUCGUCGUGGCCGGAUGAUGAUCGUUAACUGAAGUACAACAUGCUACCGUUCGCACUCAAGGUGGUAUGGAUGGUGCUAUCACUCACAGGCCUUGCUAGCUGCUGGGUUGUCCUUAUGCUUUUCGCACGCUGUAUUGGAUCAUACUGGGGCCCUCUGAUCUAUUGUGUCGCUUGUACGCUAAUGCAAGGGGUCUUCUGCCUUGGUAUGGUUUGGAAGAUGGAUCCUUAUGCUAUGCCUAGGGCAUUCUGCCUUGCCCAGACCUUUAUUCUCGGAUUUUCUACUUUUGUGAUGACUGGUGUCUGCGCGUCUUUCUGUAUCGCUACGUGUAUAAUUGUGUGGAAGCCCAAGUCAUGGGCGGAUGCGGAACGCUCGGCGCUGGUGUGGCGGAAUCAUUACUAUUUUACGCUCCUGGUCUUUCCUAUUGUCGCCACAAUUGUACAGAUCGUCGUUGCCAUCAAAUUGGAUGCUGUCAAGCCCACUGAAGACCUCCACUGUGAUGCAUCAGACCCUGUCUGGGUGAGAUUUUUCGGAUAUGCAGGCACACCGCUACUUCUUGCUGCACCCGUUUUAUUUUUCUCCAUCAAUUCCAUUGUGCGAUCCUUGAAGACGAGCAAGCAUAUCCAGCGUUCACGCUCGGAAGAGUUCGAGAAUCAGCGGUUUGACUCAUGUCCACGCUUACCUUGGAGGUUCUACAGCCGUCGAGUGGUACCCAAGGUUGCUCCGUCGCCUUGUCCGUCUUCUAUGAAGGCCGCACCUUCUGGUCGUGAACUCGAUUCACCUGAUCACUCAACCUUAUCUCGCUCUUCUCUAUUUCCACCAGAUACUGACGUCCUCGACUCCCCCGUAUCUUCUUCUUUCCCCACUUUCGCUAGUGUUGACCCUCCUCCCCCAAGUAUACUACGAGAUGGCUCACGACAUCCUGAUUUCUCUGCUAUCAUCGGAAAUGACUGGAAUGAAAUAGCCCUUGCGACGCCCGAAGGGUCCGAGCAAGACAAGACGAGCUCGUUGGUGUGGACUCGCCCUGGAGACGAUGGUAUCCAACCCGAUUCUAAUGACUGUGGGGGAGAGAAACUCGAUGAAUUGGAUUCACUGGAUGUUUCAUGUAGUGACUUCGACUGCAGAUCGCCCUACUCUAAAACCCUAUCUUUUGGCGCUAUGCCGAGGCGAAAGAAACGACUUGCAUACCUGUCACCUGCAAUAUGGCGUAUCAUGUUUUUUCAAGUUGCCGUCGCGAUCGUUCUUCUCCUUACUUGUAUAUCACCUCUCGUCGAUGUUAUUGCCAGACAUGAAACACCGACACCCUUUGGAACGCAGCACGUUGCACUGCUACUAUCUGCUUGGGGGCCAGCGAUAGUGUUCGGUGGGCAUUUCAGAGAAAUGCGAGUUACGAUAAGCAACGCUGACACGAGGUCGUCAGGUCUCUUCCCUGGGGUGGCGCGGAAGCUCAUGUUCUGGAGAUCAAGUAACUCAUGAGGCACUUACGUUACCUGCACAUCGACUAAUCUGUACAAUUUUUAGCUACGUAGAAGAAUUAUAGGCGAUAGGUCAGAACCGUAAUCUGCUAACGGUGGUGAUAGAGGACAACAACUAGGAUAGAGCUUUACUAUCUAAUGUAAAAUCGAUUAUCUUUGCACAAUUGCAAAGCAUGUUCAAGUUAUUGGAAAGAAUGGAGGUUGCUCUAU